CUUGUGUCCAGUGCUAAUGAAGGCACGGGCCUCUCAGAGCCUGGAUGGUGUGUCUCCAGUGAGCACUUCUGAAUUCCCUCAAGGUGGUCAGUCUGCACCUGUGUCCAGUCUCUGGUGGACAUGAGCCUGUCCCUUGCCCGGCAAACCCACAUGAGCAGCAGCCAAGAGAAGACAGGCUGGAGCCGUGGGUGGAGAAGGGCACCUUUCCAGGGCCUGAAGCUCUGCCUACCUCUCCUUCUCAAGGCAGGUGCCUGGGACAGGUGCUAUCAAAGUGACGAGUUUGACUCAGCCUAGGUUAAUUUCAAGUAAAAGGCACAAAUUGCCAAACAUCGCUACUUUCACGACCAUGAGUAACCAGCAACCCAGCCACCUCAUUACCGAUCAGCGAACAGCAGCUUAUCCCUGCAUCUCCCGGGGAGGAGCUGGUCUGGCCGUGAUAGAUGCUGUUUCCCCAAGUCGGCACACAGCGACCCGUGAUGGUGGGAUGUGGGGUCCUGGGUCUGUGGAGAGAACACCUGUGACCAGCAUGCAACACUAGGAACGUUCCACGGGAGGAAUGUUAGGAGCGCUGUUACCUAAAAUUUCUCUCCCUCCAGUCCAGUUGGCUCCCCCGACCCUCAACGUGACCAAGGGCAGAGAUGGCUACAUCUUGCACUUGAAAAAUGAAAAAAUUCACAGUGGACUCAUAAGUCACAUCUUCCAGGUCCAGUACAAGAAAGAUGAAGAGACAUGGGAGGAGACCAAGACGGAGCUCUUCCAGAAUGCGCACAACAUGCCCCUGCCACCUCUGGAGCCCGCCACCAGGUACCAGGCCAGAGUGAGAGUCAAACCCAACCCCAGCGGCUACAACGGGAUCUGGAGCGAGUGGAGUGAGGAGCGCUCCUGGGACACUGAGUGGGAGCUGCCCAUGUGGGUCCUGGCACUCAUCCUGGUCUUUGUCACCCUAACCCUGCUCACGGCCCUGCGCUUCUGUGGCAUCUACGGGUACAGGCUGAACCAGAAGUGGGAAGAGAAAAUCCCCAACCCCAGCAAGAGCCACCUGUUUCAGAACGGGACUGCAGGACUCCGGCUCCCAGACAACAUGUCCAUCCUCACCAGCGGGAGCUGCCCACACAAGGGGCUGUGGAGCAGCAGCUACCCUGAGCUGGACGAGGUGUCCCCCGUGGACUACAGGCACAGUGAGGUGUCACCUCUCACCACAGAGGACCCUAAAGAUGCUUGUGACUUGUCACGUGAGACUACCAUGACUCUGGCCGCCUCGGAUGUCCCCGCGGAGCAGCCCCCCAGCCCUCCAGCAGGCCUGGCAGCCCCCUCAGGCCAGCCUGAGAGCCAGGUUUCCUGCUUUGACUUCAAUGGUCCCUACCUCGGGCUGCCCCACAGCCGCUCCCUGCCUGACAUCGUGGGCCAGCAGGUGCCCCCACAGACAGAUGUGAGCAGGAGGCCACCGCCCCCAGGGUCCCUGGAAUACCUGUGUCUGCCCCCAGGAGGGCAGGUGCAGCUGGUCCCGCUGGCCCAGGUGAUGGGGCAGGGCGAGGCCAGGGAUGUGGAGAGGAGGUCCAGCCCCGGGGCCGAGGGGAGUCCCUCCAUGGAGUCUGGGGCGCGCCCCGCCCCUGCCAAGCCUGGACGAAAGGUGGGCGGUCAGGGCCCGGAGGACAGGGCCCCCACAGUUUUGCCCACUGGCUCUCGGGGUCCUAGGGGUGGUGUCGUGGCCUCUAGUUUUGUCGCCACUGCAGAUCUGACAUUCACCCGGCCCGCAGGGACCCCGUCUGCCUCCCAGGCUCCCCCUCUGGGCCUCCCCUCAGACCAGAACCCCAGCUUCUGUGCUAGAAUGGCUGAUGGGCCCCCUGUAUCCUCUGCCUGGCUGAAGCCAGAGUAUGAGGGCUAUGUGGAGCUCCCUCCAAUGAUGAGCCAGUUUCCCCAGUGCCCUCUGGUCAGUUUUACGCAUCUUGCAGCCAGGAGCCCCAGCUGAGCCACGUGCACCCCCAGGCAGAUGUGUCCCCAGCCUCUCCACCCCACAAAGAGCUUUCCUCCCACAGCCUGUGGGUAACUAUUGCCUCCCCUCCAGCUUUAGAGCUCCCUAGGCUCCCAGGGCCAACCCUCCACUCCUGGAGCUGGGGGCUCAGACCAAGGGACCCUGGCCAAGAUGCCCUUGCCAAUCCAAGUGUGAUGGACAAAGUAAAGCUCGGGUCUUCAAAGUGUGAAGCCACUGCUGGACCCAGCAGCACUGAGGGGUGACAACAGGCCUGGAGAGGUGUGGCCACUUCCCCUGCCUCAGCUGGGGCUCUGCAUCCGCCUCCCUCCUUGCUCUGUCCUCUGGCUUCUUCCCCAGAACUUUCUGGGGGUCCAGAGACCACUGUGGUAAAGAGCAGUGGUUCUCAAACUAUCCUGCACCAGAGUCAACUGCGGAACUGGUUAUAGCAAAAGAGCUUUUGAUUCCGUAGAUUUGGGGUGAGACACCCGCUAGGUUGUAUUUCUCAGGAGUUACCAGGUGACACUGAUGCUGUUGGUCUGACAAUUCCUCAGUUGUCCCUUGCCAUGUGCACGGCUGUGGGUUGGGUCCUCAGGGGCAGACAGGUGAGGGAGACCAGAUCCUACCUGCAAGGUC